AUGUCGUCAGGACUGACUGCUCUGCCCACGGAAUGUCGGACAGACAAGAGGGAGACAACUGGAGCGACAUUACUAGCUAUAUUUUUGUUCACAAUCAUCGUGGUGCUGGUGUUCUGUGGUACACUGUUUGAUCUCGUUAGUGGAAGGUGGCAGAAACAGAAAUGGGUCUCCACGCUUCAAGGUGUCUUAGGUCAGACUCUAUUAGCAUUCUCUGUGCUUCUCAACGGUUCUAAAAUUCUGGAUAUAUCACAGCCUCCUGGAUCACUGACAGCCAUCAACGGCAUUCGCUUCAUCACAUUAACCUGGGUUCUGCUGGGACAUAACUAUGGCUUCGGCUCUUCAAGUGCAUCUAACGCUGUUUCUGAAGUUGUUAUCCACUAUAAGACUUGGACUGCUGACGUCAUCUUUAACGGCACCUUAGCUGUGGACACUUUCUUCACGCUCAGUGGCCUGUUGGUAGCCUACGUGACCACAAAAGAGAUUGCAAUGAAAGGAGCGAAAUUCAACUUAGGAUUGUUUUAUUUACAUAGGUACUUAAGAUUGACCCCUCCCUACAUGCUGGUUUUGGUCGGCAUGCUCGGACUGCAGAGGUUCAUGGGGUCUGGGGCCCUGUGGGCCACAGUUCAGCCGUCUGUCCAGAAAUACUGUGAAGAGAAUUGGUGGACCAACUUGCUGUACCUGAACAAUGUUGUCAAUGCGGACAGAACGUGUUUUGGUCACUUCUGGUACCUGGCUGCUGACAUGCAGUACUAUCUCUUCUCUCCUUUGAUUCUGCUUCCGUUUUUCUACAAUAUUUCCGCUGGGAUGAUCAGCUGGGGCUUCUUCCUAUCUCUGCAGUGGAUCUCAACUUUUGCUCUGUCGUACCACAAUCAAUGGAGUCCAGCAUUGUUUGGGCUUGGUAUUAAAGUCAAGCCUGGUUCUCUGGAUUAUAAUGUAUCGUAUUAUGUGACACCACAUUGCCGCAUGGGUCCAUAUCUUGUCGGCCUCCUAGCUGGAUAUCUGUUGGCUACUUGCAAUGGAAGAUUGCGUCUCGACAAGUUUAAUGUUUUCCUUUGCUGGUUACUGAGCGUAAUGGCAGCUCUGGGCAUUGUUUACGGUAUCCAUGGCGACAUCAGCGGAGAAAAUAUAAGCAGUGUGGCAGUCGCCGCCCUCUACAACGCCUUCGCCAGGACCGCAUGGGGCGUCUGUGUGAGCUGGGUGAUCAUCGCCUGCUCUUCAGGCUACGGGGGUCCAGUCAACGCCCUGCUGUCCUGGUCACCGUUCGUUCCACUGAGUCGCUUGACCUACAUGGCUUACCUGGUGCAUCCAUGUGUGUUCAGCGUCUACUAUGGUAACCAGGAGACGCUGUACAAUCUCAACUUUGUCACAUUUACAGUCUCCUAUCUGGGAUUACUCAGUUUUACAUAUAUGAUAUCAUUUGUACUUGUGCUGGGAUUAGAGUCUCCGUGGAUUACUUUGAAAAAGUGUUUCUUAAAAAAACAAAGAACACUUAAAUCCUUUUAGGAUUAAUCUAGCAUCAUUAUGAAA